CAUCUGGCUGUGAGACUGUAGCCCUUGUGACAUCCUGUGUCAUAAACCUGUAACCCAGAUGGCGUGCCUUCUUGGUUCACUGCAGAGAGUUUCUGCAGGGGUUUUCUUCUUAGCCUUUUGGGGCUCAGUUGCAGGUGACAAGCUGCUGGUGGCACCUCAGGAUGGAAGCCACUGGCUUAGUAUGAAUGACAUAGUUGAGGCUCUCAGUGACAGGGGACAUGAAAUUGUGGUGCUGGUGCCUGAAGUCAAUCUGCUUUUGAGAGAAUCCAAAUACUACACAAGAAAUAUCUAUCCUGUGCCUUAUGACCAAGAAGAAAUGGAAUACCGCUACCGCUCCUUUGGAAACAAUCACUUUGCUGAGAGAUCAUUCCUGACUGCUGCUCAGAAAGAAUAUAGGAAUAAUAUGAUUGUAAUUGACAUGUAUUUCACCAACUGCCAGAGCCUCCUGAAGGACCGUGCCACCCUGAAUUUCCUCAAGGAGAGCAAGUUCGAUGCUCUUAUCACAGACCCGGCCUUACCCUGUGGUGUGAUCCUGGCAGAGUACCUGGGCCUGCCCUCUGUGUACCUCUUCAGGGGCUUCCCGUGCUCCCUGGAGUACGCGUUCACCAGAAGCCCAGACCCCGUGUCCUAUGUUCCCAGGUUCUACACAGCAUUCACAGACCACAUGACUUUCCCCCAACGGGUGGCCAACUUCCUGGUUGAUUUGUUGCAGAACUAUCUGUUUCAUUGUCUAUAUUCAAAGUAUAAAGACCUGGCCUUGGAUGUCCUCAAGAGAGAUGUUCAUGUACCCACCUUAUAUCAGAAUGUCUCCGUGUGGCUGUUGAGAUACGACUUUGUGUUUGAGUAUCCCAGGCCCGUGAUGCCCAACAUGGUCUUCAUUGGAGGGAUCAACUGCAAGAAAACCAGAGACCUGUCUCAGGAAUUUGAAGCCUACGUCAAUGCUUCUGGAGAACAUGGAAUUGUGGUUUUCUCGUUGGGAUCCAUGGUCUCAGAGAUUCCAGAGAAGAAAGCCAUGGCAAUUGCUGAUGCUUUGGGAAAAAUACCCCAGACAGUCCUUUGGCGGUACACCGGACCACGACCAUCGAAUCUUGCAAAUAAUACGAUACUUGUCAAGUGGCUACCCCAAAAUGAUCUGCUUGGUCACCCGAAGACUCGCGCCUUUAUCACACAUUCUGGUUCCCAUGGUAUCUAUGAAGGAAUAUGCAAUGGCGUUCCGAUGGUCAUGAUGCCCCUGUUCGGCGACCAGAUGGACAAUGCGAAGCGCAUGGAGACCAAGGGAGCUGGAGUGACGCUGAAUGUCCUUGAGAUGACUUCUGAAGAUUUAGAGAAUGCCCUAAAAACUGUCAUCAAUGACAAGAGCUACAAGGAAAACAUCAUGCACCUCUCCAGCCUUCACAAGGACCGCCCCAUCGAGCCGCUGGACCUGGCUGUAUUCUGGAUAGAGUUCGUGAUGAGGCACAAGGGAGCGCCACACCUGCGCCCUGCUGCCCAUGACCUCACCUGGUACCAGUACCACUCCUUGGAUGUCAUUGGCUUCCUCCUGGCCGUCGUGCUGACAGUGGCCUUCAUCGCCUUUAAAUGUUGUGCCUAUGGUUGCCGGAAGUGCUUUGGGAAAAAAGGGCGAGUUAAGAAAGCCCAUAAGUCCAAGGCACAGUGAGAAGUGGGUAGGAAAUAGGUGACAUUUUGAUCCAUUCCCUGGUUAAUUUCAAACUUGCAGAAAUCUUCACUGUUAAAUUAAUUUCAUUCUUAUAAAUAUGUUGCUAUAAGUUAGACAUCCCCAGAGUGUUUUUUUUUUUUUUAAUAAAAUAGUGUAGUUUCUAGUCACACCUAUAGGUAAAAAUAGUUGAAUACAUGUUCUGAACCCUUCAGUAUGUUUAAUCUGGACCGUACUUGUCAUCUUUCAAAUGACUUGCAGAGAGGGUUGGCACGUACUCAGAAACGUGACCUGUUUGGGAGCACAGGAUUCAGAGGUGGACCCACAGCCGCCCCACUUCAGAUGAUGGCCUUAACAUUAUCGUCUGGCUCCUGUAGGUUGUUGUAAUUGACCCCUUUACCAAUAAUGGUGGGUCCUCAUUUAUGCUUAUGUUUCACAAGUGUUGCUUUGUGUGUUUAAAAAAGGAAAUUUUUGCACCUUUAGGGAGUAGUGGCCUGUACUAGAGAUGACUGCAUGACUUAGAGCCCAUUGAGGACAGUGUAUGAUUUCUGAAAGAUGCUAUAAAAUCGAGGGUGGUGUAUUUGAGGGGAUAAUCAUUGCUUGUGUCAAAUGGCUCCGAGCUGAUAAAAACCCAAAGUAUAGUGCCAGGAAAGUAUAUUUUAUCUGUCAUUUUCCACAAUUAAAAAUUAUAUUAAUAAAUUCUUGUGAAUUAUA